UGGUGGGAGGGGAUCAGCUGACCAGCCGGUACUGUCACCGCAGCUCCUUUCCUUAGUGUCAGUCAGACCGUCCUGGCUACUGUGCUCUCUAUAUCUCCCGGAAUUUUCUACGGGCCGACAGCAACAUGAACGGGCACCUCACGCUCUACUCCGGGGUCACCCUGGCCUUCUGGGCCACCAUGAUCAUAGUGGGUACCUGUUAUACCAUAUUUGACCUGGGUUUCCGGUUUGAUGUGGGAUGGUUUCUUACAGAAACUUCACCUUACAUGUGGGCGCUGCUGGGAAUUGGGUUGUCCAUUUCUCUUUCAGUGGUGGGUGCUGCCUGGGGCAUUUACAUUACGGGCUCCAGUAUUUUAGGGGGAGGAGUUAAGGCGCCACGUAUUAAAACCAAGAAUUUGGUCAGUAUUAUCUUCUGUGAGGCGGUGGCCAUUUACGGUAUAAUCAUGGCUAUUGUCAUCAGCAAUAUGGCAGAGAGAUUCCAAGGGACAACACCAGAGACUAUUGGAAACCGAAACUAUCACGCAGGUUUCUCCAUGUUUGGUGCCGGCCUCACUGUGGGAUUCUCUAACCUGUUCUGUGGCAUCUGUGUGGGUAUUGUUGGCAGUGGAGCAGCUCUCGCUGAUGCUCAGAAUGCCAGUCUGUUUGUGAAGAUCCUGAUCGUGGAAAUCUUCGGCAGUGCCAUUGGACUGUUCGGUGUUAUUGUUGCUAUUCUGCAGACCUCCAAAGUAAAGAUGGGAGACUGAGGUCCUGUAAUGCUUCCAGCUGUGGCGUCACUCCCGCUGGCUUGGACAUCAGCAAGACAGACUUCUAUUUAUUCCAUGUUUUCCUCUCUGACUUUGUCAGGAUAUAAAUAUUUUUUUCUUUUUUAAUCCCUCCAGACGUGAUAUAAAGAUGGUGUAUAUAGUUUUACUCAUCCGCUGUCUCAGUGUUUAGGAUCUUGUGAAAACGAGAGACAGGUGUGAAAUCGCAUUCGCGAACUUGGUACAUUUUUAAACUAAAGCAGAAGACCCCGUUAUGGUUUCCUUUGAAUGUUGGGAAUGUGAUCGUUUGUGUAAUAAAAUAUUGUUUAUUGCGAUUUUCUCCCACAAACCUUACCUGGGCAGCAGUGUACUUGGUGUAUUUUUCAAUCCGUUUGACAGUGAUAUACAAAUGAAAAUGUUGUGAUGUUCGUAUGAUUCUAUUAAAGUGUAAAUAUAAAUGUAAGUUUGGCGCAUACUGCACAUGCUUCUUUAUAUGCUCAUUCUGUAGGCUUCGCUUAAUGUAAGAGAUCUGCAUUAUGUGGCACCAGCAACUGCUAUAAGUAUCCCCCCCCCCAUAGCACAUACGUGCACCUACAGUUAGUCAUGUGAGUGGCCCUCUGGUGCUAUGUCAUGAGUGUCUCAAGCUCUUAAAAUGUCUGUUUUUACUGGCUUCUCUUAAAGGGACAGUCAACACCAGAAUUUUUGUUGUUUAAAAAGAUAGAUAAUCCCUUUAUUACCCAUUACCCAGUUUUGCAGAACCAACACUAUUACAGAAAUAUACUUUUACCUCUGUGAUUACCUUGUAUCUAAGUCUCUGCAAACUGCACCCUUAUUUCAUUUCUUUUGACAGACUUGCAUUUUAGCCAAUCAGUGCUCACUCCAGGGUAACUUCACGUGCUUGAGCUCAAUGUUAUCUAUAGGAAACGCAUGAACUAAUGCCCUCUAGGGGUCAAAAUGCAUUCAGAUUAGAGGCAGUCUUCAAGGUCUAAGAAAUUGGCAUAUGAACCUCCUAGAAUUGGCUUUCAACUAAGAAUACCAAGAGAACAAAGCAAAAUUGGUGAUAAAAGUAAAUUGGAAAAUUGUUAAAAUUACAUUUCCUAUUUAAUUCAUGAAACUUUUUUUUUUGGACUUGACUGUCCCUUUAAACAGACUGAACUGAUAAUCGUAUAAUUUAAUAAAAUCUAAAAUGCAGUGUGCAAUUAUUCUGCUUGCUAUUACUGUAAUUUGUUUAUCUCCUGUGAGACUAAUUGUGUUCUCAUACGGUGAGAUACUGUACACUUGCCUGAGAGAUCUGUGAAGUCCUGUAGCCUCACCAUAUUGCAGAACAUAACAAAAUAGGGUUUCAAAUGCUUUUAGAACAUGUUUCUGUGUAGGUGCUAUGGGUGCUUGUUGUGACGUAUAAUGUGACUGAGGUCCUUUACUGUUCUAUGUGAAAUGAAUGAGCCCUUCUGUUAUGUUUCUACACUUACAGAAAUAAAUAAGGUAAUGUAACUAAA